GUGGGGUAUCCACGCAGCUUGAGCCAUGGCUGACAGUGGCAGAACGCCUCAGGCCCGGGCUCUCCUGCAGCAGUGCCUGCACGCCCGGCUGCAAGUACGCCCGGCCGAGGGGGACGUCGAGGCCGAAUGGGUGGAGGUUCAAAGAGGAUUAGUGAUCUACGUGUGCUUUUUCAAGGGAGCUGAUAAAGAACUUCUUCCCAAAAUGGUUAAUACACUGUUAAAUGUGAAAUUAAGUGAAACAGAAAAUGGCAAGCACGUCUCUGUAUUGGAUCUACCUGGCAACAUUCUUAUCAUCCCUCAAGCCACCCUUGGGGGUAGAGUAAAAGGAAGAAGCAUGCAGUAUCACUGUAACUCUGGAAAAGAAGAGGGAUUAGAACUUUAUUCCCAAUUUGUGAAUCUCUGUAAAAAAGAAUUAGCUGCUAAUAGCAAGUGUGCUGAAGCUGGGGUUGUCGUGAAACACGGUACUUAUGGCAAUAGGCAGGUGUUAAAGCUCGACACCAAUGGACCAUACACACACCUAAUUGAGUUUUGAAAGUUUCAACAGCCAUAAUUAGAUUGCCUAGCCCCUUCUUCUUGAGUACACUAAUCUGCAGCAUUUUUAGAUAAAAAAAUCCUGGGUUCCAUCCACAACUCUGCAACCUCCUAAUUGGAUGACCUUGCCAGUCACCUAACUGUGGAUCUCAGUCACCUUCCAUCCCACUUUCCCCUACACUGACACUCAGAAAUUUGAAAAAUCCUUCUCUUCACUUUAUGGUCAUUGAUAACAACAUGGAAGCGUUCCUAGAGAGUUGUAUUUAAGCUUUUUGCAGUGAAGCAUUUUUAUGAUCAAUAAAAAUAUGUUUCUUAUGCCCUC